UACUAGACAGAACGAUUUUUAGCGAGUCAAUAAUUUUUGAAUUGCAAUGGUAGACUGAUAGCUUUCUUAUAUAAAUCAGGCAGAGUAAUAUUCAAAGGUAUAUUUAAUGUUUUGUUUUUGGUGCUGUUUACAGAUUCGCUUUAUACUGAUUCAGAAUCGUGCUGGCAAAACUCGCCUGGCGAAAUGGUAUAUGAACUUCGAUGAUGACGAGAAGCAGAAGCUCAUUGAGGAAGUGCACGCCGUUGUUACAGUUCGGGAUGCAAAACACACCAACUUUGUCGAGUUUCGGAAUUUCAAAAUAGUAUAUCGACGGUACGCAGGGUUGUACUUUUGCAUUUGCGUGGAUGUAAAUGACAACAACUUGUGCUACUUGGAGGCAAUACAUAACUUUGUAGAAGUUUUGAAUGAAUACUUCCACAAUGUUUGCGAGUUGGAUCUUGUGUUUAACUUUUAUAAGGUGUACACAGUAGUGGACGAGAUGUUUUUAGCUGGUGAGAUAAGAGAAACGUCUCAGACAAAAGUUUUAAAGCAGCUUCUAAUGUUGAACUCACUAGAGUAAAUAUAUUUCUUCUCAUAAUGCUGGUUCUAAUGUAAUUAUUGUUGUUUUGAUGUGGCUAGACUUCUCAUUCCAUUAGCCUCUCAAAAAUAUAAACAGAUUAGUUGUAAGAGCUUACGUUAUUAUAUUUUUAUAGCGACUUGUACUUUAAAAUAUGGAUGAUAGAAACAUAAUGACAAUAGUUUCAUCGAUUUCAUGAGAUAAUUUAAAAAUAAUUUGUUUUUAAUAUCAAUUUUUUUGUAAAUUUUAUUAAUAUAAAAGUAUUUACUAGUAGUUCAGUAAAUCUUUAGGUAUAAAAUGCUACUUUGAAGCAAGUUUUUUUCAUGAAAUACAUUUAUGAAUGUGUAUAUAAUAUCAAUAAAAACUUUAAAUACUCAUCUCAGGUACAUUGAUAAUUCUUUUAAAUAUUGGAAUUAGCAAAAUUUUAUGAUUAAAAGAUCUUCAAAUUUUUUGCAUAUAAUAUGUUACUAGGCCCAUAAUAAUUCUACAUUCCCACCAUAUAAGUUUGUUACCAAUGUUAACUCUUGAGGAAAGAAUUGUACCAGGAGUUGUAUUCUCAUAUAAUUUUAAAAGUAUGUUUUGUACAAAGUUUGUAUCUAAAAUAUUGUGCGUAAAUAGACUGUCUUUAUCUGUUGAUGUGUCAACUUUUAAUAGUUUCUAUGGUAUUAUUACUAUAAUUUCCUUCACUUGUAGGAACAUAGUGUAUGAAAUGUAUAUACAAUGUAUGUUGGUGUUAGAAAAAUGGAUGUAUUUAAUAUGCAUAUCUAUGUAAAACAUGAUUUAUUUAUAAAAAUAAGAUAAUGUAAAAAUAUAGAAAUAAUAAACAUUUGCUUUCAAUAUAUCACUACAGAUUCCAUGAUUUUCAUUUAUUGAUAUUUGUUUUAUACAAAAUAUGAAAAUUUAAUCUGCAAUCUAAACUGUCAAUAUCAUCAAAUGCAUAAGUCUAUAUGAACUUGUAGUUAAAAAACUUAAUUAUUAUUGGAGAUAUUGCAGACAAGAGAUCUUAACUUAUUAAAUCGCUUAUAUAACACGAGCGAGUUAAUCAUUCUAUUCAUAAGUAUACAGAGAUGUAAAGACACUAGACCCACUCCCAGCGGUGCAGGACCGGCGGGAACAUCCAGCGGUCGGGGUGGCCUAUGUGGUUCAACUGCGGGCCCAUGUCGAACUCGCUCCAACUGCCGUCACAAUAAACGAACA